GGUAUAAUAAAUGAAACUGAAUUGAUAAUACCAGUUUAUAUCGACUAUUUCAUGAAAAAUCAAAUGUAUUAUUACUUCAUUCUUAUCAUCGAAUAUGUAAUUAUAAUAAUCGUCUGUAUGGUAGGCAUUGCUAAUUAUUCCAUGUUUAUUGCAAUUAUACAGCAUGCUUGUGCACUUUUUGACAUCGUCGAAUGGCGGGUCAAUGAAAGAUUUAAAAAAAAAUCACACAAUUUUUAUUAUGCCAUUAGUAAUAAUGAAUUAAACGAGGAAAAUGAAUGGAUAAUUGGUAUAAUAGAAUUCUACAAAAAUGCAAUAAAAUUUGUCGAUUUAUUGAAAUCAUUUUAUGAAACAAUUCAUUUGUUCGAAGAAUUAUUGAUAUUUGUAUUUUCUUUUACACUGAAUAAAACAGAAGGAUUAACAAAGCUCUUUUAUGUCAUUGGAUCUUUUUUCGUAAUAUAUGUUUACUUUUAUCUUGCACAAAAAUUAAUUGAUCACAAUACCAACGUAUUUUUAAUAUUCUGCGAAAUUCCGUUUUAUUCGUUAUCAUUGAAAACACAAAAAUUGUUACCCCUUUUGAUAAUGAAAAGCAUGAGACAGUGCAGUUUAUCGCUGACGAGUGCGAUAGUGGUAUCCCAUGAUCUAUUGGCGACGUCAAUAAAGAAGUCAUUUUCUUUCGCUGCGGUAUUGUUUAAUCUGCGAUGAAUACAAUCGAAGAUAAUUUUAUAUAACAUUUGG